AUAAUAGAAUGUAUUGAUUGAUUGACAGAUCCUUCAGAGUCAUGGAGGUGCAGACAGAAUGAUUCUACUGCUACAGAUCUACCACGAGGAGGACCUAGCCUACCAGGACCUGGUCACCGUAGCAACCACCUUCUACCAGUACCUGCUGCAACCCUUCAGAGACAUGAGAGAACUGGCAGGGCUCUACAAGAUGGAGAUACUAAAGUCUCUGGAUGAGGAGGAGCUGGGUCCUAAGAGGAUCCAGUCUCCUCCAUACAGGACAUCACACAGCUCUCCACAGACCCUCUCAGCUGCCCUCCCUUAUAGCAGCUCUCCACAGACCCUCUCAGCUGCCCCCCUUAUAGCAGCUCUCCACAGACCCUCUCAGCUGCCCCCCUUAGAGCAGCUCUCCAGACCCUCUCAGCUGCCCUCCCUUUUAGAGCAGCUCUCCAGACCCCCUCAGCUGCCCCCUUUAGAGCAGCUCUCCAGACCCCCUCAGCUGCCCCCCUCCUCAGGGGAAACCUUGUGUAUGCUGCGUGUGAUGGGGGAGGAUAAGCGUGGUUUUGGUCAGGCCUCCUGGGCCUCAGCAGCUCCUAGACUGGAGAAGCUGCGUUUCCUGCUGGCUAAAGAGACCCUGCAACACAUGAGAGCAACUGAGAUGUGUCUGCACCGCAAGAAACACACCAUCAGAGAGAAGAUGGGAGGUCUGUCUGGCCAGGACCAGAGGGGACCAGAGACUGUAGAUAACCUAGAGCUUCAGUACUACGAGGCUCAGCUAGAACUCUACGAUGUCAAGUUUGAGAUCCUCAAGAACGAAGAGCUUCUAUUGGUCGCUCAGAUCGACACCCUGCGACGCCAGAUCAAAGAGCUGAAAGAGGAGGUGGUGUAUUAUGAUGUGUGUGAGGAUCCAGAGGAGCUCCAAAGCCUAUCACAGACAGCUGCACCUUUAGACCCCACCCACUCACCUGUCAAUCACCUGGGGCGACGCCUACAGCAGCUGGAAGCCAAGAGAGGGAACAUCUGUGCCCGCCGCGCAUACCUCCGCAACAAGAAGGAUCAGUGUGUGGAGGCUAACGAGCAGAAGCACCGUCUGGCCCAGCACAGCUCCACUCACUUUACCCAGCACCACGGAGUAGCCCUGAAGAGAGAGAAGAGGAGAGAGGAUGAAGAGAGGAGGAAGGAGUGGAUGGACCAGGAGAGAGAGAGAACCCUGAGCAGACUCCGCUCCUUCAGAGAGAAGCGACAGGGAAGUUACGUCCUGAAGACUCCACGAUCCAAGAUGGCUGCCAGGGAGCCGCAGUGUUCCGACCUCUCCCAGCCUCUGUCAAUCAUUAGCAUCGGCCCCUCCCCUUCAUCUAAUGGGGCCGCCCCCAGAAAGACCCCCAGGAAACUCAAACCUAAAGACAUCCCCAUCCAAAUCUUCACUCCUCCUCUCCCUCCUCCUUCGCCUCUGCCAACUACACCUCCCACUACAGCUGUACCCCCACCUCAGACCUCCUCUCCUCCUCCUCCUCCCCCUCCUCCUCCCCCUCCCCUACCCCCACCUCCUCCCCCGCCACCCCUCCCUGCCCUCACCCCCUGUAAGACAGAGGUAGGGGACUCCCCCAUGCCUCUCAGUGAGAGAGAGGCCACACCCUUCCCUGCCAAAAUGACCCUGAAGCAGAACCUAGGUUCUAUGGACGAGGUGUUGGCAUCAUUACAGCGUGGUCAGGUCAGGCUGCGUCGUGUCCAGCCCCUUGCCCCUCCUGGUCCCGGCCUGGCGCCCUCCGGUGGCGACCUCAGGGAUAACAUCAUGUCUGCCAUCAGA